AUGGGCCACGGGUACCUCUCCGACGGGCUCAUGGGCAGGGCUCAAGAGAGGAAGAAAGGGGUUCCAUGGACCGAGGACGAGCACCGGAGGUUCCUGGCCGGCCUGGAGAAGCUCGGGAAAGGCGACUGGCGAGGCAUCUCCCGGCACUUCGUCACCACACGCACGCCGACGCAGGUCGCCAGCCACGCCCAGAAGUACUUCCUCCGGCAGGCCGGCCUCGCGCAGAAGAAGCGGCGGUCCAGCCUCUUCGACGUCGCGCCUGACCUGGAGCUCAAGAUCUCGUCCACGGCCGCCCGGAAGACCGACCAGCAGGCCGGUGCUGCCGCCGGUUCGUCGCCAUCGCCGAGGACGCCCUUUUUCGGAACCAUCAGGGUCACCUAG